AUGGGAAGGCAGUGCCAACAAGACAACAUUGAUGUGGCCCCAACCACGCGUUUACUGGGGAUGUCGAAGUAUAAACAUCACUUUGCACAGACCGUGACAUUGUUAGCCUUCAUACACAACGCUUCGCAUAUCCUAGACAACCAGCAGAUUUCACCCGAGGCGGUCCUAAAAGCCGAACUGAUGGUGACAGACAUCAAGAAAACGCUCAGGAGUCUAUUAGAACGGGGCUCAUGGUUGGACGACGAGGCUCAGAAGACAGCCCUUAGGAAGCUGCACAAUACGGUCAUCUUCACGGGCUACCCCAAAGCCGUAGCCAACGAGGCAAAUAUGAACGGAUACUACGGGGCCUAUUGGGACGUCAGGGAGACGUUCUUCAACGUAUGGCUUCAUGGCGCGUUCUGGCGCCAGCAGACACUGAUACGCGUGCAAAAGGACGUGAUGUUCGACGUGAGCGCGCCCAGCGUGUUGUACGCGGAAAAGGCCAGCUGGGCUGCUGUCGUGCCCGGUCUUCUUCAGGCGCCGAUCUUCGUCAAGGACGGGCCGGAUGCCUUCAACUAUGGCAGCCUCGGCCAGCUGCUGGUGAAAGCUUUGAUUGGUGGCUACGGAGCCACAGGCAGCCAGAUCGACGAAAAGGGAGAGGAACGGGUCUGGUGGACGAACUUCACCUGGGAGAAGUACAGCGCGAGAAUGGACUGCCUGCGAAAGUCGCUCCGCUGGGCGGCGUACCAGCAAGUGAUGCUACACGCUGAAUCAUCCGAGGAUAUCUUCGCCCACGUCGCGUCCCUGAGCGUCGCGUACAAGGCGUUCCAGAAGCUCCCUGAGGCCAGGCGGAAAGUGGUGCUGCCCGGUCGGCGCUUCAGCCCCGACCAGACUUUCUUCGUGGCCCACUGCGCCAAAAUGUGCGAGCUGAGCGACAGCGUGUACGGUCAAGGGCUGGUACGCACCAAGUGCAUCAUACCCCUGAUGCAUGAAGCGAACUUUGCCAAGGCCUUCAAUUGCUCCGCCACCUCCCACAUGAAUCCAGAACAGAGGUGUUCCAUGUGGUGA